CGUGCGGAGGGGCGGUUUCCGGCAGCGCUCGGAGGAGGCUGCGGGUGGUGCCGGGCCGGGCCGGGCCGGGCCGGUGCGGGAUGGAGGUGACCAGAAGCAAUUUUAAGGAUAACCUAAACAAAGUGUAUGAAGCCAUUGAGGAGUCGGACUUCCUGGCCAUUGAUGGGGAGUUUUCAGGGAUCAGUGAUGGGCCUUCUGUUAGUGCGUUAACCAAUGGCUUUGACACUCCAGAAGAAAGAUAUCAGAAACUUAAAAAGCAUUCCAUGGAUUUUUUGCUCUUUCAGUUUGGCCUUUGCACUUUUAAAUAUGAUCACACAGAAGAAAAGUAUAUAAUGAAGUCAUUUAAUUUCUAUAUUUUUCCAAAACCCUUUAACAGAAGUUCACCAGAUGUCAAGUUUGUCUGUCAGAGUUCAAGUAUAGAUUUUUUAGCAAAUCAAGGAUUUGAUUUUAAUAAAGUGUUUCGCAAUGGAAUUCCAUAUUUAAAUCAGGAAGAAGAAAGACAACUAAGGGAACAGUAUGAUGAAAAACGUUCUCAGGCCAAUGGUGCAGGCUCUCUGUCAUACAUUUCUCCUAAUGCCACAAAAUGUCCUGUAACAAUUCCGGAAGAUCAGAAAAAGUUCAUUGAAAAAGUAGUGGAACAGAUAGAAGACUUGCUAAAGAAUGAAGAAAAUGAAAGUUUGGAACUGGAGCCAUGUACAGGAUUUCAGAGGAAAUUAAUUUAUCAGACCUUGAGCUGGAAGUACCCAAAAGGUAUCCAUGUGGAAACUCUGGAGUCAGAUAAGAAGGAGAGAUAUAUUGUUAUUAGUAAAGUAAAUGAAGAAGAACGGAAAAGAAGAGAACAGCAGAAACAAGCAAAAGAACAGGAGGAGUUGAAUGAUGCGGUAGGAUUUUCCAGAGUCAUUCAUGCCAUUGCUAAUUCUGGGAAACUUGUUAUUGGGCACAACAUGCUGCUGGAUGUUAUGCAUACCAUACACCAGUUUUAUUGUCCCCUACCUGAUGACCUAAAUGAGUUCAAGGAAGUAACAUCAUGUGUCUUUCCCAGGCUGUUGGAUACUAAACUGAUGGCAAGUACACAACCUUUUAAGGAAAUGAUUAAUAAUACAUCCCUUGCAGAACUGGAAAAGCGUUUAAAAGAAGUUCCAUUCAGCUCUCCUAAAGUUGAAAGUGCUGAAGGGUUUCCAAGUUAUGAUACAGCUUCUGAACAACUUCAUGAAGCAGGAUAUGAUGCUUACAUUACUGGGCUGUGCUUCAUCUCCAUGGCUAAUUUCCUAGGUUCAUUCCUCAGUCCUCCGAAAAACCAUGUGUCUGCUAGAUCAAACCUCAUUGAACCCUUUUUUAACAAGCUAUUUCUUAUGAGAGUAAUGGACAUACCAUAUCUCAAUUUGGAAGGACCAGACUUGCAGCCAAAACGAGAUCAUGUUCUUCAUGUUACUUUUCCCAAAGAGUGGAAGACUAGUGACCUUUAUCAGCUUUUCAGUGCCUUUGGUAACAUUCAGGUUUCGUGGAUUGAUGAUACAUCAGCAUUCGUAUCACUGAGCAAGCCAGAACAAGUACAAAUAGCUGUAAACACCAGCAGGUAUGCCGAAAGUUAUAGGAUCCAGACAUAUGCAGAAUAUGUUGAGAAAAAACAUGAAGAAAAACGGGCAAAAAGAAAAUGUACAGAAGAUAGUUGGAAGGAGAUGGAGAGAAAGCGGUUAAAAACUCAGUGCACACCUUACGUUUCCCAGAGUCGAUACUACUGUGUUAACAGUUUUACAGGUACAAGUACAGUGGGAAAAAGAAGCAUGAGUCCUAUUCAGGAAGAAACUAGUUCUGAUGAUAUGGAAGAGGGAGAAGGCCAAGAUCCAGAAUAUGAUCAGACAGACUCCUGUGCAGAGUCCCUCCCAGAUGGUAAGAAGAGAGCCAAAAAAUUCAAAAAGAUCAAGACAGACCAAGUUCCAGCAGCAAAAGUACUUUGUACUGUAUGUCUGACUGAACAAAGGCAGGUGACUGUGGUUCACCUGAUGUUUUUGCUGCCUUGUGAAGCCUCACAACUAGUUCCACUGGAAUUUUUGAAGUCCCUGAAACAUGGUAGGAAACAACUGCCUUAACAAGUGGAAUUGAUUGAAAGCAGUUGCAAGAAUACACCUCUUGGAAGCCAUACUUUAUUUAAAUAAAGUGGUGUUAACAAAGCAGUAUGUGUCCUGAAAAUCAGUUUAACUAUUUUAAACUGUUUACUGAACAAUCACUGUCAAUUUUACAUGUGUGUUUAUUAACUAGUAUAUGAUUCGUUGUUGAUCACGUGAAAUCCUUGCUGUCGUAAAUGUUAGGUUUAAGAAGCAAGACUAAAUGUAUUUUGGUCACCUACUUUGGCAUGUUGGCUAUAAAAUGUACAAAAAGUACUGGCACUCUAUGAUUUUGUGCUAGGCUGUUUCUUGUGCUUGAGGCGAUUUGUUACCGCAAAUCUCCUCAUCGUUAGCUAUUUUUAAGGCAAUAUCAGUAUGCUAUCAGCUUUCCUGAAACAGGUAGAACUGCAGUCUCACUUAUUGCUUUCUACCAGUUACUUUGUCUGGAAAUCUUUUUUUGUUUUCUAUUCUGUACCCCCUGUGCAGCCAGUACUCAAUACCAACUUUACCACAUACCUUACCCUUUCAAAAAACUGAAACUUCCAAGUUUCUCAAACAUUAAUUUCCUUAAUCAAUGAAAUUAAUGUUUCUUCCCUCCUUCUUCCCCAGCUUGUGGGGUUUUUGUAAAAAUGGUUUUUUGGUACCUGUGACAAACCUGCUAACUGCACCAGCCCUUUAUUUGUUUAAAAAAGGAUUUGCAUUGGUAGAUUUAAGAAAAUGUUUGAUAUUUAACAUUUUUGUAUCAUGGAAAUAAAUACAAAAGAUGUAUUUCCAUAAAAUGAAAAAAUUAAAGACAUUUUCUUAGGAACUGUUUUGGUUUUAUUUAUUAGCUUAUGAAAUAUUUUUAGUGAACUCUUUUUUUUUUUUUUUUUUUUUUUUCCUUUGUAAUAUAACUAUUUUUUUGUCAGCCUGCAUUAGCUUUUUUUCCAUGGACUACUUUCCAAGAUAUUGGUGAAGUGUAACCAAGAAAAGCAAGCCUGUUGUCUUAAGAUUUAAAUCACUAUACAUUUCCCUUGGAGGAG